AGUAAUUUAUUUUACAAUAUGAAUGAAAUAUAAAAAUUUUAAUGAGUAGUGAAAAAUUUUAUUUCAACAAAGGUUGGAGCUUUGAAUCGUUCAAAAAUCAUAUACUCUCUUCUGAAUGUCGAACAAAUUGUAAUAAAUGUGAUUAUUGCAAAUUUAUGAGAGAACUAAAACCCCAUUUGACUGAAAUACCUGAAAUGGUUUUCCCACAAAAUAAAUUAGUUAUUAAAUAUAAUAAAAAUGACAACAAUCUAAAAAAUCUAUCAAAUUAUGAGAAUAAUUUAAAGCAAAAUAAUUCUACAAUUAAUAAUUUUUCAAAUGUUCAAAUCAGUUUUGAAUGUAUAAAUGCCUUAAAAUUAAUUGGAAAAUCAAAUCCAGAUGAUGAUCUAAAAGUAUCUUAUUCUAAAGAAUGGCUUCAAUCAAGGGAAGAAUCAGAAACUCAACUCAAAGGCAUGGUCAAAUCUUACGACUGGACAUUCACUACUUCCUAUAUCGGUGAUUUAUUGCUCAAUCUCGAUAACACUGAUUCUUAUUUCGAAAAAGACCAAACAUUCCCGCAAAAUUCCGAAUCGAUCGAUUACGAAAUGCUAAAAAUUCCCGAAAAAAUCUUAUUUUUCGAUCAAAUAGAUUUAUACGAAGACGAGUUGGGGGACAACGGGAUCUCCAAAUGUGACGUUAAAAUACGCGUUACACCCAGCUAUAUGUUUAUUCUCCUUCGAUUUUUCCUGCGAGUCGAUGGCGUUAUAGCUAGAUCCAAAGAAACCCGGUAUUUUCAUCAGUUUGACACUAAUUACAUUUUGAGGGAACACAGCGAGAAGGAACAAAAACUUUCGGCCAAUGAUAACUAUGAUAUUCCUUCAACUAAUAUUUUGUCGAACAUAGAUGAGGUGUGCUCAAAAUUACCCGUUUUGCGAAUGUAUACCGAAAAGAUUAAUAUUCAUGUGUCAUGUUAAACAUACGCCUUUUAUAUAUUAUUAUAUGAACCUCUAAAAUAAUGUAUAUUAUUUGAGAAUCGAUAAAUAAAAGUGAUUAUUUUUUUUGUUUAUUCCUAACACAGCAAACUUUCCAAUGAUUUGUGGGGUAAUUCUGAUCAAGAUAAGUCGUU